GCUGCCACAGAUGAGAGAGAACGGUGUCCCACAGGACACUCUGGAUGAAUACUAUCUGACCUACUCGGUUCUUCCUGACCUGUCAGACUCCUUCUGGCCCUAUAGGAGCAACGCCGUCUUCUCAGCUGAGGACGUGGAUGUCUCUUAUGCCCGGGAUGUAACCAAAAAUCUCGCUGAUCUUGAGGACGAGGAAGAUCAAGACAUCAUCUCUUCUAGUGUGGAGCAGCUGGUGCUAGAAGAGAAUGAAGUCCAGCCGGACUCACUGGAUGAAUGUUAUCUGGCUGCUUCUGUUGGCCAUCAUCUGGCAGGCUCCUGUCAUCCUUAGAGAAGUGCCUCCUUCCCAAGAGAGAAGAGAAGUUUUCUUGG